AUGUCGAUGGACAUCCGCUUUCACUCCGAGGAUGAAUGGUUCAUCUCGCCGGUGAUCGAUUUAUCGGUUUUUCUUGAUAAAUGUUUAUCAAUGGAAGCUGAGUUCUCGGAAGUGGCGAUGUCUUCGUCUUCGCAAUUUGACACUCUUGGAGAAAAUGAGGAAGAGCUGGCUACAAAUGAAAUUGCGCAACGCUUGGCGGAGUUGACAAAUUGCACAACGGACUUGGCGAAAGCGAUCAUCACCAAUGAUUUGAGUCUUGAUAAUUUACGAGGAAACGACGGCCGAACAGAAUACGACGACGAUGCAACCACUUUUGAGGAGGGCAACUCGUUGGAGAAAGUUCCCGAAGAGUGUCAACUGGUCACCAUUCAAACUGCUAAAAAACGACAGCAACAAACGACGAAUUACAAUCGCAAAAGCUUUUUCCUUCAAGAUGGAAAAUAUUAUCGCUAUGAUUACGGAAUCUCGUUAAAGCGCAAUUUUUUGAACUCAAUCUUGGCCGAUACCGAAAAGGACUUCAUCAUCACAUGCUCGAUGCCACUUCCAAACAACAAAGUGAUUGGAAGUGAGGAUCCGACAAGGCCAAGAGCGCUCCGACCAGCCGUGAAAAUGGUGAUACGAGGCUCGACGACAUUGCUCGACUUUAGAAGGCGUUUGAUUUGUCCCUGCGAUAUGCACGUUGACUUAGAAAAGGGAAAAUGGCUUGAACCACCUGACAUCAACAAUAAAGCUCAUCUUCUACUUUAUCCAUCAUCAUUUAUCUUCAUCCACGACACUUUUUACAUUGAUCCUGAUGAUAAAGAGACUAUCGAUAUUUCUGAACCCAUUCGUGCUUUCAUGGCUAAGGAUAAGGCGUCUUUCGGGGAAACAAAAGUGCAAACGAUUGAUGGUAUCUGUUUCAAGGAUCUCAAGCUGAGACUCGGGCAACCCUAUGUGAUGGUGCAUUCGGGUGAGUGUGAGCAUUUGAUGAUCUUUCACGAUUUGCGAAUGCUUUCCGCGUUUGAUGAACAAGAUAUUACAAGAUAUCCACUCGUCGCUUUCGAGAAAGGCGGUGAUCUGAUUUGCAUUGGAUGUAAGAAAUACCCAGCUGCAAUGGCCGUCGAAUCAUGUGACCUCUUACCUCAAUCACCCGGAUUUUUGUGCAAAACAUGUUUCAAGGAAUUCCUCUUUGAUUCAAAUGGAGACCCAAUAACCGAAUUCGUCGCCAAUCAUUAUUAUCCCUCAAACAAGUUGAUUAUU